UAUCAUGGGCUGAAGUAUUCGAAUUUAGAUGACUCGAAUACUCACAUGUAUGAAUAAGUUGUACAAUAGUUUUACCUCCCACCAGCAGCGUGUGAAGAGGAACAGCUGAACCAGUCAUGAGCGAUGAUCAAGCAAUUAACACUGCGGGUGAACUCAACGAUGACUUGCUGUUUAACCACGAGUUUAGAUUCGACGAUAACAAUAACAGUGACAUAACACCAUCACUAAGCGAUUAUGAACUCCAGAAGAUCAAAGAGGAUCUGGGAAUGGUAGAUGGUGACAACGAGUUUGAAAACUCUGACCUACCGUUACCCUCCAUCUACAUCGAUGGGAGAAAUACCCCGACGCCAUUUGACUUCCCGCUGACGGAAGAAGAGCGCGCGCUGCUGGAGCACUGUACGAUCGGAUCACCUCGGCGAUUUUCCGAUUCGCCGAGCGUUUGCUCGACAUCUCUGGAGUUAUUAGCGGACAGUUUGAUUAAAGACUUCGAAGACAUGGACUCUGAUCAUGAUCAAGAACUGAUUUUCACUCCAGAUGAGGGACACAGGCCGGGGGAAGAUACCUCUGUGCGUUCUUCUUCCUCUAAGGGGCUGAACCUGAAAGCUCCAUCACCUUUACAAAAUUUGCAGCGGGCCGUCGAAAGAUCAAAUUCCGAAGCUCUGGAAUCCGUUGAGGCCAGUGAUGAAAAUGUUCGAAAAUCAGAAAAUAGUCUGAAUGUGAAAAAAAUUGAAAGUUCGCUCUCUCGUCCGAUAAUUGAGAGCGCUGAUGCUUCAUCGAACUCUGCAUCCUCAUCAUCUCGUAACGGCCAAGAAUCGGGGCAAACAUCAAGAUCAGCGUCAUUAGAUUCCGACUCGCUCCCGGCCUCGAUCGACUCUGGUCUGCCAGUGAAUGAUGUGCAUACACAGCAUCAGUACUUUGUUGUGGUAGCCAUAGAUUUUGGAACAACAUUCAGUGGUUAUGCGUUCGCUUUUACUCGAGAUCCCGAGAGCGUGCAUAUGAUGCGUAGAUGGGAAGGAGGCGAUCCAGGUGUCACCAACCAGAAAACACCCACAACUUUGUUGCUGAAACCUGAUGGAAGCUUCCAUUCGUUUGGAUUUGGUGCGAGGGAUUUUUAUCAUGACUUAGAACCAGACGACGCUAAAAAGUGGAUGUACUUUGAGAAGUUUAAGAUGGCCUUACACACAAACAAGGAUCUUCACAGAGAUGUUGAGAUCAAAGCUGCUAACGGCAAGUUAGUCAGAGCUGUGACUGUAUUUGCACACGCGCUGAAGUUUUUCAAAGAUCACGUGCUGGAAGAACUCUCUGACCAAUCAGCAACGAAGAUUCUGGAAGAAGACAUUCAGUGGGUUCUUACCGUACCUGCCAUCUGGAAGGCACCUGCUAAACAGUUCAUGAGGACAGCGGCCUACGAGGCCGGAUUGACUGCACAAGAUGCCCCUGACCGUCUGCUAAUAGCCUUAGAACCGGAAGCCGCCUCGAUUUACUGUCGGAAGUUACGUUUGAGGGACUGUUCAUGGGCAGAGGAGACAAAGAGGAGGUCCACGGUCUCAUCAUCAAUGGACGCGCUAGUCGGAGAUGACUUUCAAGAAAACACUCGUUACCUGGUGGUGGAUUGUGGUGGAGGCACAGUGGACCUUACAGUACACGAAUUAGACUCACAGACUGGUACCUUACAAGAGCUUCACAGGGGCACAGGAGGGGCCUGUGGGGCCACUGGCGUGGACGAGCAGUUCGAACUGCUGCUAAAGAAAAUCUUCGGGAAGGACUUCAUUGAGCAGUUCAAAAAUAAGCGACCCGCAGGUUGGGUAGACUUAAUGAUAGCUUUUGAGGCAAAGAAACGAACUGCGAGUCCAAACAAGACAAAUCCACUGAACAUUUCGAUGCCGUAUUCCUUCAUCGACUACUUCAAGAAACACAAAAGCUCAAGCAUUGAUUCAGCGGUCAAAAAGUUUGGAAAUCCAAACGUGAAAUGGUCUUCGCAAGGAAUGUUGAGAAUUGCGCCUGAAACCAUGAAAGAACUUUUUGACCCCGUGUUGAGCAAAAUUGUCGAACAUGUCAAGGACCUCAUUAGUCGAGAAAGUGUUACCGGUCUAAAGUUUCUCUUCCUUGUAGGUGGAUUUUCCGAGUCGCCAUUACUUCAAGAAGCUGUGCGUAAAGCGUUUGAGUCAAAUAUGAAGGUAAUUAUUCCCCAAGAAGUCGGGCUAACCAUUCUCCGAGGGGCGGUGCUGUUCGGAUUGGAUCCCACUGUUGUCCGAGUUCGACGGGCUGUUAUGACGUACGGGGUCGGAGUCCUCAAUCGAUUCAUUGUCGGAAAGCACCCAAGAAACAAACUCGUGAAGAAAUCGGGCGUCGAAUGGUGUACCGAUGUGUUCGACAAAUUUGUAACUUCCGAUCAGCCACUGAAACUGGGAGAGAGUGUGACGAGGAGUUAUGCGCCUGCCAAACCAGGACAAACUUCAACAAUAAUCACAAUUUAUUCCACGGAGGAAGAAAACGUUAGUUUCGUCACAGACCAAGGCGUCAAGAAAUGCGGACAGUUGCUUCUGGAGAUGCCAGAGGUGGAAAACACUGAUAUCAAGAAACCGAGGGAGCUUCAAACGAGCAUGAUUUUUGGUGAUACUGAGAUUAAAGUUACAGCUCUGGAUAUUCUGUCCGGCAAGGAAGCGAGAGCAAGCAUCAAUUUCUUGUCCCUGUGAAAAAGGGCGGAACAUAACGAAACACACCGUCAAUUAAAUACUUAAUUUGGUUUUAUCAAUUGAGUUUGUAAUGGAAAUUUGCCACCGUAGAGAGUUUCUAAAGCUGAUAUUUUAUGCGAAAUA